AUGCGAUACCCCUUUAUUGAUGAUGCAAUCCACAUCAACGAGCACUACGCAAAUUUUUAUACCAAUUCUACAAAGAUCAAGAAAAUAGAAUCCCAUAAUCUAACCUCAGCUGGGUUUUUACUCAAUGUCACCAUGUACGGGUGUACAAACAAUUGUGGUUGGUUAUUUGAACUAAGAGAAUUCUACAAGGAAAGUACGCCAGUUGCUAGUAAACAGCUUCUUUAUACCUGUGCGAACGACCCAACCACGUGGCGAGUUGAUCUGAACACCAAAGGUUUGAGUGUUGGAAAUACUCCUAAUUCAGAUUAUCCUUUUUCCUUUAACCUUGCUAUGCAUUAUUGUAAAAAUAAUUACAACAUAGACAACAACACCGAAAUAACUAGCAAAGAUGAUAAAAAUAAUUUGAAUUGUCUCAAAGCUUAUUCCAAUCAAAUGCAUGAUAGUGGAACUAUUUUUAAUUUUGAAAAUGAUGGGGCUCGAUGGCCAUUUAGUGGACAAAAACCUGCUUGCUUUAUCUUUGGCUGCAACAGUUGA